AAAACAACACAGACUUUGGUCGCACACAGCCACACAACUCCUAUUUGUGUGGAACGGCACGGGCGGCUGGUACAAACACUUUAUCAUGCCCAUAUAAUCUACACACUUCGAGAAGAGAGAUUGAAAUGGUCGCGUGAAGAAGUUGUGCCGAGUUUCGAGGGCUCUUUUCGCGUUGGAAUCGUUCGUGUGCAAGGCCACACAGUCGCAGUUGCCCGCGGUAAGCUGAAAUGUGAUUCGAUUGGCACCAAAAUUCAUCGCUAAAAUCGUCACCAAGAGUUCGAAUUGGUGUGAAACUCGAGAUUCUGCAGUUGUGCACGCGUGUGUGUUUUACGUUCCGUGGUGUCCGUACGCGCGUGUGUGUGUGUUGUGUGCGUGUGUACAUGACGACCCUCUCCGGUGCAUUGCUGCACAUUGAUUUUGUCUUUUAAGCAGUGUUUAAGCGGCAAGGGCUGCCUUGAAGCUUUCUUUGUCCCCCCAAAACUCAGCGCCCCAGGUUUACCCAAAGUGCGCCCUGCCACUGCACCCGGUUCCGGAUGCACCGUGCAUGGUACCGUGGUACCCGGGUGCAGCAACUUAGACGGCCCAUGGUGAUCGUUUGCAGUGGCCGCUAGGAGUGGAAAACGUAGCGAGGGAAGCAGAGUGCUGCAUCCAACCCACCAUCCUAGACGACCCGUCUCGUCCGGAUCGACAGCAGCACCACCAUCAUGUCCAGCCGUGUGCGAAAACACAACGAACCGAUGAAGGCAUUCGUGCCCGUCAGUUCGCUGCUGCUGCGAGGAACCGGAUCCAUUCACUGUUCGGGCGGAAGUUCCGGUACGAGCGCUACCGGCCAACAAACCGGCAGUCCCAGCAGCAUUGGCGGUGGUGCGGCCAGUGCCGGUUGCGGCACCACAUCGUACGCCACCGGGGCAGGAAAAUCGCUGUCGGCAACGUUGUCCCCGCCCGUCCGGCACAUCUCACCGGAACAUGCCAUCUGUGGCAAUCGGAGCCCGGGCGCACUUACGUGCAAAGGCAAAAUUCUCAACGAUGGAUGCAUACGGCGCACGGCAUCGCUCGAUGCACUUUAUCUGCGCCCAGCCCCAGCCUGGAGCCUCGUGACGCCAACCCUGCUGCAGCUGGACAAAGCAACCCAGACGGACGAAUCGUUUCUGGAGCGAACGCGUGGUACCGCAGGUACCAACAUCGCGGGCAUCACGACGCUGUCCGCAGCACAGGCAUCCGAAGUGGGAGGUCCAUCCCCGUCGUCCACCUCGUCCUCGCCGGUCAUUACGCGUACCGAUGCGACGACCCCGACUGAUCUGAAGAUGGAGAAAGUGAUACGACAAAGACUGCAGCGUACGCAUCGCGGUGAACAUUCCGUUAGCUCCCAGACGCUUAGUCCUAAUCAUGCAAAAGCAAGCCCAGUGUCGAUACCAACACGUACCUGUCCGCCCGUACACAUACGGCCGAUGCGUAACUCUGUCGAAGGACUCAAUCAGGAGAUUGAGAAGCUGGUGCUCUAUCCGGGCCAGCAGCACAGCUGUCGGGCCGAGCUCGAGAUGUACUCACGCGGCACACCGGAAGGCCAUCGUGCACCGCUGGCCGAUCUGUUCCAUGGGGCCGGUGCCGUUUCGCUGGUCGGCGGUCCGGGCGAUACGCGCUCGGUCAACACGCAAACACCGCUCGGCGAUACACUGUCGUCGGACGACGGUAGCCAGAGCACAUCGCCGGAUGAGGGUGCCGUCACGACGAGCGCAUCGCCUAGGAUCAACAAAUUCUUGGCCCGCGAACCACCGGAUGGUUGUGAAAAGGUUAAUUUAAAACUCACUGAAGCCGAUACCAGUACAAACACGGCCUGCUUCAAACCGUGCACCACCGCAUUCCAGCUGAAGCCAUCGCUUGGGUCCGCAUUCCAGCCACUGCAACCGCUGCCGACGCUUAAAACAACGCCGGAAGCGGACGACGAUGAUGACGAUGGGCGGCAGGCGGGCGAAGCAGCGGCCACCGCGGCUUCCACCGCUACGGAGUAAAACGUUUGCGCUAUGCGUGUUUCUUUUUCUGUUUUCCGUUCUCCUGUGGCCAUUUUCAUUUUUCCAUUUUAAACAAGCGAACAACCUCCUUAGAAUGUAACGGUUAGAUUUUAAUAUUAUUGCGUCUUGUUUUGCUCCGUUUUUUUUUUUAAACCCCAAAACACCGAUUGGUUUGUUUCGUUCCGCGUAGAUAACGCGCACCGCGGUCAAAGAAACGAGCAUGAUUGUAGGUUUGCCGGUAGAUUCGUCGUCUCGAUGAAUCGAGCCGGGCACGGACCGGUAGAGGAGCAGCAGACUGAAAGGAAUGUGAAUGUGAAUAGUAUACAAAACAAUUUUGUAUGGGCAUUUUUUGAACGAAGCAAGAGCCGGCAGAUACGGUUCAUUCAACGCAAGGACAUCAGGUAUAAAGGUAGGAAAGGGAACAGUCACACAAAUGCACGGCAUCCUUGGUAGUAUUCAUAGUGCAAGUGCAAGCAUGCAAUCGUAUGAGGGUGAAGCAGGAAAGUGAUGAAAAGGCUAACCUAGGGAAGCAUCUUCCCACGUCAAUAAGCAAGCAAACUCACGUACUCAAGUAGCAUUUUUUGGAAGGCAUUUUUUUCUAUCGAAAAAACUACUAAAUUACAGUGAACCGGAAUCGCGCAAUAAAAACACACACACACACCACGAGCAAUUCGUACUAUCAUAUUGCCUUCCGUACGCUAAAGCUGGAAAGGAUUGGUGGUUGGUCGUGUGUGUGUGUGCGUUUUGUUGCCGAUUACAACAAUAAAUAACCAAAUCCUAUAUACACACACACACACACACGCAAACACACAGCAAAACCAAACUUAAAAUCACAUCUAAUAUACAGAAAUAUCGAACACAGAGUACAGUGUGCACACAAGGCUAGGAAAGGACGACAUUACAUAUGAUAAUGUGGAAACAUAAUUAUGAGGCUCUUCUUCGAAUGGUUGUGUCGAUCCAGCAGUUCGAUGCACCGUAAAUUCUUCAUCGUUUUGUUUUUCCUUCUCUAUAUGUGUUAAUCUGCCAUAAAAGAUACCUUACCGUACACACGGCGCCGCACGGUUAUUGUACACGUUAAGCGAAUCACGUUGAGAUGAUUGUUUUUUAAAUUUGUUUUUUUUUUUUCGUUUUAUUAUUCAACACUCAUUACGACAAAUUUCUAUGUUAAUUUUAGUAUAUUGUUUUACGUUCUAUUAUAUUUUAAAAAUAGACUUAUGAAAUGAGCAUUUUUUUUACGUUUUUUUUUUUUGUUUGUUUGUUCUUAUUAAACUUUAUCUACAUAAUAGCGUCACCGAAUCACCCGGAAACCGGAAACACGAAGAAAUGAUAACAAUAAUAAAAUAGUAUACAAUAAGCACACACUCACACAUAAAGAAAGUAGAAAAGCGUAACUAGAGCAAACAGAAGGCAACACAAAAAAAAUCAAUCACAAAGUCACAGAGAGAGAGAGAAAAACAAAAAGGAAAAUGCAAAACAGUCAAACGAGCAAAAAGAAGGAAAAACACACAACCGAAAGAAAAAACAAACACAAUAUAAAAUCAAAAACAUGGCAUCGAUAUGAUAAUGAUGAGCGUGUGAGGAUUUAUAUUUUUGCACUACAGAAAACAUUUUUUUAACAAAAAGCCGAAAUGAAAAUGAAACCGGAAAAGUCGCAUCCAUUAGUAGAAGGUGCAAUCAAAAGCAAAACCAGGACCAACCAACAACAGCAGAUAUCGCUAAACGGCGGAAGGAAAGUAGUAAAAAUGGCGCAAAAUGGCAAAAGAAAGGCAAACACUCCUAAACCAUUCCACGCGGUGAUAGAUUGGCAAAAGAAUGAAAUUGAUAUACAUUGUUUUGCUGUUAAUUUAAAGUAAGAAACAAACAACUCUGGAACGAUUUUGCUAUGUUUCGUUAUAUUCGAUUUUUUUUUUUUGUUUAAUUCGUGAACCAACUUCCCUAGCAACCUCCCAAAUGAACAAUGUACAAAUCAAUCGUCUUUAAGGAUUUUUUUAACAUUAAGCAUCUUGAUCAUGAUGAUGGGCUGGAAAGGAGGUGAAACCACACACAAAAAUCGCUCCCAAGAGGACGGUUUUGGUUUAGUUUAGUUAGGCCAAUGCCUAUGUCCAGCAGGCUUACGGCCCAAAGCCACUGUCCGAUUAGGCAAAAAGGGGCAAAAGAGGGCUUUGUUCCCCUGAUUUGUUAACCGUAAAAGCAGCGUGAUUUUAACUUCUUGUUGUAAUUUCAUUUAUAUAGUUUCGUUUUAUUAUGUUCUUUUCUUUUACAGAAAGGAAUUAUUUUAAAGGAUCAUUUCCUUUCCUUUUUUAAUCAUCAUCCAUUAAAGAACCCAUUUUAGCAAACUGUGUUUUGUGUUUUAUUUUAUUGUGUAUUUUAUUAUAUGUGCUUUAAUUUGUUUUUGCUUUUUUAUAAAUUUAGCUUUAUUUUUACAUGUGUUUAAUACAUUUUAGGCUUUCUUUUCAGUUUUUACUGCUUAAUUUUUUUUUAAUAUUUUAUAUUUGAAUUGAUUUUAUUUUUGAUUGAUUUUAAAAAAAUGGCUGCAGGAGGAAACGAAAAGAGAUAAACAGAUGGCAGCAACAGCAAAAAAAUGAUGUUGCAAAUGUCUUUCGAGUGUGUUGGCAAAACUAGAGCUUGGAGAACAUGCAAAUUGUAGCUCACCAUUCGCAAUGGGUAUGUGUGUAACGCUAUGGUGAAACUAUCUCUAGAAGAUCGAUUUUAUUCCACCUUACUAUUUUAUGCGGUUUGUUACAUUGCACGGGCAAAAGCAGGACAUUUGUUCCCCUCCCCCAAGAAAAAAAAACUUAUGGCAAAAGAAGAAAAAAAAAAACACCCAGUAAACCUGGAGCACGAAACAAGAGCAAAGAAAAGAACUGAUUUAUGUGUUAUGAAUUCGUUAUGAACGAACAAAACUUUCGGCCGUUAGGUGAGCAGAUGAGCGAGCGAGCGAACACAGAAGGAAACAAAUUAAAGUAAAACAAAAAAAGAAAUUAACAAAAAAAAAACGCCCCCCUAUAUACAUUAUUAUUUAGCAUAGGUUAUAACGGGGUAACUGAUAAAUUGUAAGCAAGCAGAGAAGAAACAUAUAUUUAUUACAUAUAUUUUUUUGUGUUAAGUGACAAAUAUAACACGAAAACGAAAUCGACCCCUGAUUGGCAACAUUAAAAUACGAAAUGCUAGUGCGUGUUAUUUAUAUGCCGCGAGAGAGAGAGAAGUAAAACCACCUCCCAAAAUAAAAAUUAAUAACAAAUGCAGAAAAAAACGAGUUUAGUGAACGGUGCACAUGUUUAGGCUAAAUCGUUGAAUAUCCCUUAAAACCCGUUUGCCUGAACGCCGAAUAAGGUUGGUAUAAUUAAAAACUUCCUUACCGUAAAGUGAUGAAGCCCUUCUGCAUGCUUGACUGUACUAGUCUGUGUCUCAAUGUUUUUGAACUGGUCAAAAAAGGGGGUUUGCGCUCAUCAACAACAUAACAACCACACUCUGUGAACAUAAAAAAUAGUAAAAAAAAAACAUAGCAAGAAAAGAAAGAAAAAACACAAACUAUAAAAGUGCAUAUGAUAAGUACAUACACAUAUAUAUUUUCGGAUACGAUAAAUAAGAAAAACCAAAAACCACGUGCACGUUAAUAAGCCAACUAGUAUCAGAAUCAUACGCUAGUUAAAGCAAAUUAAAAGCGUCACAGUACGGCUAGCGGCCCUAAAACCAAUCGAGAACGAACGAUCAUAGAUAGAACAGUUUGGAAAAGAGGAAGAAAGAAAAAACCGGCAGUAGCAAAAUGUGGAAAAACAAGCAAAAAAAACAAAACACACACGGAAAACAUGUGCCUCGCCUUUGGCUAUUUUGUAAAAAGAGAAAAAAAAUGAAACAAAAACAGAAUUUAAAAAAACACACUCAAACACGUACAGAAAACAGAAAGCAACAGCUACUAACAGACGUAAAAAACGGAUAGAAAAAAAAACACAUCGAAACAGUUGUCGCCAUCGUUCUAACAGACACACAAUCAAACCAAACCAUGAAGAGCAAACAAAAGAAGCAAACACAUUGAAGAACAAAGUUUAAAUCGUUCAUAAUCUUUAGAAAACUGUGGGAGAAAAAGAAACAAACACAGAAAAGAAAAUACGUAGUAAAAUUAACAGAAAAAAAAACAUACACGCUCACACAUGUUUAGGAUGUUUGUAAAGGAGAGAGAGAGAAAAAAACAUAUAAAUUAUAGAAGAAAAAAAACUGUUUCGGAGCUUUAACAAAUCGAACGUAAAUCUUAGUGUGAAACCUGUUUGUGUAAAAAAAAAAGGAGAAAUCUUAAAGUUUUGUUUGUAAACUGUUGUAGAACUGUUCGCACCAAGGAAAACAAAAAGAAGUAAACGAAGAAAAAGAACAUAAAACAAAAACCCAAGUGAGAGAUAGGAAGAACAACAGAGAGACAGACUAGUACAGAUCAGUUUCCAACAGAAGUAGGUAAAUGUGGGAAUUAGCAAACAGGCCGAGUAUAUGCGUGAGAGUGUGAGACUGGAAAAGUGGGAGUGGGUGGGGGGUGGGGGAGGCGUACUUAUUUUCUCCAUUUUGUGGAACUGAUAAUUCUGAACCAACGGCAUGGUGGGGGACUUACAGGGUUUUUCAGUUGGUAAGGCAAUAGUAUCCAUUUUUAUGGCAGCCUUCUUAGAUGGAAUGGAAAACAAAGCUAGUUGAUAUGGAAACGGCUUCAAUAAUGCCUCAGAUGAUAUUGUCAUAGAAGCCGUUGAAAUUGCACGCACUGACCCGAGCGCUGAAAGGACGUGUACAAUAUCAAUGGCUACUAUGAGAAUAUCAUCUGAGGACAUUACAAUAAAAGAUCUUUGAUUUCCCUGUCAGACGAAGCCGUUUCCAUGUCAACUAGCUUUGUUUGCCAUUUCAUCUAAAAAGCCUGCCAUAAAAAUGGAGGCUAUUGCCUUAUCAACUGAAAAACCCUGUAUUUUGUCAGGCGCAAGGAUACAAAGAUGAUUAAACAAGCACACCAACACAAACGCUCGUAAGAAAGCUUAUCUGGAAAUUAGAAGAAAAAAAAAUAUGUGAAACAAGAGAAGACAGACAUAAAAACUUAACAACAAAAAACAAACACGAAAAACGGUCAUUUAGCAGGGUUGUGGAAUUAGAAGUUGUUUUCAUUUUCUAAUUUCUUUUGAAAAAAAAAAACAAGGAAAAAACUCCAGUUGCUUUUGUGUUUAAGUAAAUCCGCACAUUAAAAAAGUUGUACAUCGCAAGAGGUUGAGCGAAUAGCCAAGCGCAAAAAAUGAAACAGUAAAAUGAAUCCAUUUGCACUGAUCAAAACAUGAAAGUGAAGCAAAAGCGAUAAACGAAACAAGUAAAAAGGCGAUCGCACUGUGUAGCGAAAAGUGGAAAUAAAAGCUAAAAAAUGCAUCACUCUUUCCACAACACAAACCAACACAAAACCGCAUACGUAUAUUUUAAAACAAGCAAAACAAAGAGGCAAAUGGUAUCGACAUAUCGCAAAACAAGAAACAAAAAACAGAUAGAGAAAAUCAACAGCAAAGCGUUGUAGUUGUAGAAGGAAAAGCUCCAGAAAAGCCGUGUAGCGCCUCUGUAGCCGUGUCGAACGGUACCAUCAGGACACACAAGAAAAGAAAAAAACGAAAACAUAAUGAAGAAACAUAUAUUUUGCUCACAUAUACGUUAUCGUAACAAUGUGUUUUGCUGCAUAGAACGAGACAAAUGGUGACUGAUUGAAAACGGACUGAAAAUUUGCAAAAGAAAAAAAAACUGGAGGAAAAAUGUAGAACAGAGAACGAAACAGAACAAGCAACAGAGUUGUAAUAGAGAGCCAGUAAUGCAAAGAAAGAUAAAAAGAAAGGGGAAAAUAAAAUCCACUAUUCGAAAACCAAAAACAAACAUGAAAAAAAGACUAAAGCCGGUAUAAAAACAAGAUAACAGACAUGGAAAAGGCAAACAAAACCCAAUACUAAAAAUAUACAGCGGAAAUCAAGCGAAACGGAGCAGUGUGUGGAAACAAUAAGA